UACACGAGACGGGCUUUGAUUGUCGCGAUGAAUGUAUCGCUAGUGUAACUAAAAUGAAAGUCACUUUAGUCGUGUGUUCAGUGCUAGUGUUAAUAACAUGUGGCCAAAUAAAACAAGUGAAUUCACUAAACAUAUUAGGAUUGUUCCCGUUCCCUGGAAAGAGUCAUUUCUUCGUUUUUAAACAGUAUCUCAGAGAGCUUGCAGAAAGGGGACAUAAUGUGACAGUGGUAUCUCAUUUCCCAAGAACAGACAACCCUAAAAAUUAUCAUGACAUAAGUCUAGCUAAUACUUCGGAGAUUCUAGAAGAUGUGUUUGAAGUGAAAAAGUCGUAUUGGGCAUUGUUGAGGUUGAGUUUUGCGCUUGUAGAAUGGGGUACUGACAAUUGUAGAGUCAUGCUUUCAAAUAAAAAUGUACAACACGCUUGGAAUACGACAAAAUUCGACAUCGUUGUUACAGAACAGUUUAAUAGUGAUUGUUCUUUAGGAUUGGCACAUCAUUUAAAAUUGCCAGUGAUUGGUCUAGCUUCUCAUGCGUUGAUGCCUUGGCAUUAUAGUAGAUUCGGAAUUUCUUUCAAUCCCUCUUAUGUCUCGCAUAUGUUUUUAAGCGGAGGCACCAAGCCAUCACUCUAUGAGAAAGUUGAAAGAGUUUUAUUCGAUAAUUACUUAAGAUUCAUUUAUAAGUUUUACUGCCAAAGAAUCGAUCAGAAUACUUUAGCGCAAUAUUUCGACGAUGUACCACCCUUGGAAGAAUUAGGACGUAAUAUUAAAUUUCAACUGGUUUAUAGUUAUUUUGUACAUUUUGGAUCGAGUCUGUAUCCACAGAAUGUGAUAGAAGUUGGUGGUUAUCAUGUACAAAAACCUAAGAAGUUACCUGAUGAUAUACGUAAAUUUAUUGAGGAAUCUCAACAUGGAGUUAUUUAUAUAAGUUUUGGGUCUAUGUUAAGAUCCACAACCACACCCAGAGAGAAGAUAGAGACUAUUAUCGGCGCACUAAAAGAACUCCCGCAGAGAUUUAUUUGGAAAUGGGAAGAAGAUUCUUUACCCGGAAAUCCACCAAAUAUCUACCUUUCUAAAUGGCUACCACAAAACGAAAUCUUAUGUCAUCCCAAUGUAUUGGCGUUUUAUUCACAUAGCGGUCUCUUGGGUACGUCAGAGGCCUUGUACCACGGUAUACCAAUGUUAGCUAUGCCUAUAUUUGGAGACCAACCAGGAAAUGCAGCGGCCAUUGAAGAGAGCGGUCUGGGCGUCCAAAUAGAAUUUAUGGAACUCACGAAAGAGGGUCUUUUGGAGAAAUUUAAACAGAUAUUGGAGCCUGGGUUUCGUGCGAAGGUUAAAACAUUAUCACAAGCGUGGAAAGACCGACCAGUCUCGAGUAUGGAUACCGCAAUACAUUGGACCGAAUUUGCCGCUCGUUAUCCAAACCUUACCUUCAGAUCCGCGGCAGCAGAUGUCCCUCUCUACCAAUAUCUAUGUCUAGAUGUAUUCUUUAUUUUAUUGGUCAUACCAUUAUUUAUUAUUGUACUAUUUCUUCGCUACAUGUUUGGUAAUAAAAAGGAGACAAAAACAACGAAUAAUAAAAAGAAGUCAAAGAGAGAAUAAAUUCCAGUAUUAUUACCCGAAUGGCAAAGGGUUGUUUUCGCGAGUAUGCAAGUUCAUUUCUUGUUUGAGAUUUUGUAUAUAUGUAUUCAUGGCUCCUGGUAGCUUAAACAAUUGAAGCAAUUAAAAUAGUGAAUGUUUUCCGGAGUUGGUUAUAAACCAGUCGGGUUUCUUGUUUUGUUAAUUAAUUAUUUAAUUGUAUCUAUUCGUUGAUAGAAAUAUAAUGAAUAGAAAAAACUAUGAUAAGGAGAAAUGACAUGUUUUUUAUACGUAAAUCAAGUAUCCACAUCUUAUUUGAAUAUACUCGUGAUUGUGAAUAAAAUAAACUUAAUUUAAAAAAACC